GUCCGCGCUGCCGUGGCUUUCCCCUCUCUCGGUUCCCGCCGCCUGUUGAGCUCCAACAGCCGUACUCUUCAAUGCCCCCGCUUUCAGUCUUUGACCUCUAUCGCCUCCAAGAGAGCGUUCGGCACCACCGUCAGAAUGUCUUCGGCCACUCGUACUGAAACCGAUGCCUUCGGCCCGAUCGAGGUCCCCGCGGACAAGUACUGGGGUGCCCAGACCCAGCGCUCCCUGGGCAACUUCGACAUCAACCAGCCCCAGGACCGCAUGCCCGAGGCUGUCGUCAAGGCUUUCGGUAUCCUUAAGGGCGCUGCCGCCACCGUGAACAUGAAGUAUGGCCUUGACCCCAAGAUCGGUGAGGCCAUCAAGCAGGCCGCCGCUGAGGUUGCCGAGGGCAAGCUGAACGACCACUUCCCCCUCGUCGUCUGGCAGACCGGUUCCGGCACCCAGUCGAACAUGAACUCCAACGAGGUCAUCUCCAACCGUGCCAUCGAGAUCCUGGGUGGUGAGAAGGGUAGCAAGAAGCCCGUUCACCCCAACGACCACGUCAACAUGUCCGCCUCCUCCAACGACUCGUUCCCCACCGCCAUGCACAUCGCUGCCGUCAUGGAGCUCGAGAACCGCCUGCUCCCUUCCCUGAAGAGCCUGCGCGAUGCUCUCCAGGUCAAGGUCGACGCCUUCCAGAAGAUCAUCAAGAUCGGCCGUACCCACUUGCAGGACGCCACUCCUCUCACCCUUGGCCAGGAGUUCUCCGGCUAUGUCGCUCAGCUGGACCGCAACAUUGAGCGCGUCCAGACCAGCCUCCCCCACCUCCGCUUCUUGGCUCAGGGUGGUACCGCUGUCGGCACUGGUCUGAACACCUUCAAGGGCUUCGACGAGGCCAUCGCCGCUGAGGUCACCAAGCUCGCCGGCACCGAGUUCAAGACCGCCCCCAACAAGUUCGAGGUCCUGGCCGCCCACGACUCCAUCGUCGAGGCCUCUGGUGCCCUGAACACCCUGGCUUGCUCCCUCUUCAAGAUCGCCCAGGACAUCCGUUACCUCGGAUCGGGUCCCCGCUGCGGUCUGGGCGAGCUGAACCUCCCCGAGAACGAGCCCGGUUCCUCCAUCAUGCCCGGAAAGGUCAACCCCACCCAGUGCGAGUCCCUCACCAUGGUCUGCGCUCAGGUCAUGGGUAACCACGUCGCGGCCACCGUUGGCGGCAUGAACGGCCAGUUCGAGCUCAACGUGUUCAAGCCCGUCAUGAUCAGCAACCUGCUGCACAGCGUGCGCAUCCUGUCCGAUGGCAUGAAGAGCUUCGAGAAGAACCUGGUGCACGGCCUUGAGGCCAACGAGACCAGAAUCAACGCUCUCCUCCACGAGAGUCUGAUGCUGGUCACCUGCCUGAACCCCGUCAUUGGCUACGACAUGGCCUCCAAGGUCGCCAAGAACGCCCACAAGAAGGGCCUCACUCUCAAGCAGAGUGCUAUGGAGCUGAAGGCUCUGAGCGAGGAGGACUUCGACAAGUACGUCCGCCCGGAGCUGAUGCUGAGCCCCAAGGAGCACAAAUAAAUGUAUAGACGAAUCAUUUGAUGAGCGAGGAGGGGAUGCUUUGGCAGGUUAGCUUGUAGGGAAGCCGUUUAGCGAAGACUACCUAGCUUUAGCCUUUUCAGAUAUAUGUACACUCAAGAAAUACCACUGUACGAUUUCAUUGUUCA